CUGUGGUCACUGCCUCUGUGCGCUUCCUCGAGGCCCAGGCAGGGGAAGGCAGCUCCAGCUGGAAGUUUCGAGCAUGGCUGAGCAGCAGAGGAGCGACGUUCUGGCUUUUUAUGUGAAUGGGAAGAAGGUGACCGUGAGCGAUGCAGAUCCGGAGACCACCCUGCUCGGCUUCCUCAGACAGAGCCUGCGGCUGACGGGCAGUAAGUACGGCUGUGGAGGAGGAGGCUGUGGAGCCUGUACUGUAAUGCUGUCCAGAUACGACCCUCAGACCAAACACAUACAUCACUUCUCUGUUAAUGCCUGCCUGAUGCCCGUGUGCCAGCUGCACGGAGCCGCCGUCACCACCGUCGAAGGGAUCGGCAGCACCAAAACCAGGUUACACCCUGUGCAGGAGCGAAUAGCGAAGGCUCACGGCUCUCAGUGCGGCUUCUGUACUCCUGGGAUGGUGAUGUCCAUCUACACACUGCUGAGGAACAAACCACAGCCCACCAUGGAGGAGAUCAGAGAGACUCUGGGGGGUAACCUGUGCAGGUGUACCGGGUAUCGGCCCAUUAUCGACGGCUAUCGGACUUUCUGUGAGAGUGAAAACUGUUGCCGGGUGAACGGCAGUGCCGGCUGCGCGGCCAAUGGAAACGGACCUUUGGAACCUGCGGAGAAUGGUCAGACGGAGACGUCUGGGAAAGAGAAGCUUCUACCUCUGGACCCCACACAGGAGCUCAUCUUCCCCCCAGAGCUGAUAAGAAUGGCCGAGUUGGAGGAGCGAGCCACUCAGACGUUUCGGGGGGAGAGGAUGACCUGGAUCUCCCCCAUCUCUCUGGAUGAGCUGCUCCAGCUGAAGAGUCAACACCCACAAGCCCCCGUCGUCAUGGGCAACACUAAUCUAGGGCUGGACAUAAAGUUUAAAGGCGUCGUCCAUCCCAUAAUCAUAUCAGGCUUUCGUGUGCGGGAGCUGUUUGAGGUCACGGAGAAGCCGGAAGGUGUGUGUAUUGGAGCGGGCUCUAGUCUGUCCACCGUGCGGAGUGUGUUGGAGAAGUGUGUGUGUUCUCUCCCUGCUGAACACACACAGACACUCGCAGCGCUGCUGGAGCAGCUGAGCCACGUCGCAGGAGAGCAGAUCCGCAACGUUGCUACUCUGGGUGGUAACGUUGCGAGCGCGUAUCCAAACUCCGAUCUGAAUCCUGUUCUAGCUGCUGGUAGAUGCUCCGUAGUGCUGCAGUCCAGAGAGGGAAAACGGGAAGUUCCUCUGGAUAAGGAUUUCUUUGUGGGCUUUGGAAAGACGGUUCUGAAACCGGACGAGAUUGUGCUGUCCGUUUUCAUCCCAGUGUCCAGAAAGGGUGAGGUCGUUCGGGCGUUCCGUCACGCUCCCCGUAAGGAGAACGCUCUGGCCACGGUGAACGCCGGCCUGCGCGUGUGGUUUGAAGAGGGUUCGAAUGUGGUGAAGGAGAUGAGUGUUUAUUACGGGGGAGUGGGACCCUGCACGGUCAGCGCAGAGAGGACCGUCCAGCAGGUCAUCGGCAGGCCGUGGAACGAGGCGACGUUGAGUGACGCGUACAGGGCUCUCGUUGAUGAGGUCACUCUAGGGGCGUCUGCUCCGGGGGGUAAAGUGAUGUUCCGCAGGUCUCUGACCCUCAGCCUGCUCUUCAGGUUCUACCUGCAUGUCCUGCAGCACCUCAAAGACACGAAUGUGUGUGAGGGGGAGAUUCCCUCAGAGCAGCUCAGUGCUGUGGAGCGCCUGCCCAACAUCAUCCAGCCCAGCUACCACGAGUUCCAGGAUGUGCCGAGUGGUCAGUCGGAGCAGGACCCCGUGGGCCGGGCGGUUCAGCACCAGGCGGCGCUGUCGCACGCCACAGGAGAGGCCGUGUACUGCGAUGAUUUUCCACGUACGCAGGGAGAGCUGUUCCUCUCUGUGGUCACCAGCGCCAGAGCGCACGCCAGAAUCACCCACAUUGACGUGAGCCGAGCUCUGAGCAUGCCCGGCGUCGUGGACGUCUUCACCGCUGAUGACAUUCCAGGCAAGAAGUUCAGGUCCUUCACCGGGAUCGACGAGGAGAUACUGGCUCAAGGCGAGGUCACCUGCGUGGGUCAGAUGGUCUGUGCGGUCGUCGCCGAUACGAAGCCGCACGCCAAGCUAGCGUCCGCAGCGGUGAAGGUCCACUAUGAGGACCUGCCGGACAGAAUCUUCACUGUAGAGGAAGCUGUGGAGAAGCGUUCGUUCUUUCUGCCUCAGAGGGAGAUUCAGAGAGGAGACGUGACCAAAGCGUUUCAGGAGGCCGAUCAUAUUUAUGAAGGAGAGAUCCGGCUGGGGGGGCAGGAGCAUUUCUACAUGGAAACGCAAAGCAUGCUGGUCAUUCCGCUUGGGGAGGAGAAGGAGAUGAAAGUUUAUGCGUCCACUCAGCACCCAACCAUGGUCCAGGAGGCUGUAGCGGAGACGUUGGGUAUUCCGUCCAGUCGCGUGUCUUGCCAUGUUAAACGCAUUGGUGGGGCGUUUGGGGGCAAAUUGUCCAAAACGUCCAUUCUGGCCAGCAUCACUGCGUUGGCUGCUUGGAGGUCGGAGAGGCCUGUGCGGUGUGUGCUGGACAGAGGGGAGGACAUGCUCAUAACAGGAGCUCGCCACCCAGUUCUGGGGAAAUACAAGGUGGGCUUUAUGAGUGACGGCAGAAUCACUGCAGCUGACGUUCGUUACUACGCCAACGCAGGACACACACCUGACGAUUCUGUGCUGGUCAUUGAGAAAAUCCUGCUCCACAUGGACAACGCCUAUAACAUCCUGAACCUUCGCGGCCAAUCGGCUGCCUGCAAGACCAACCUGCCGUCCAACACCGCGUUCCGAGGUUUCGGUGUGCCCCACCCCAUGGUGCUCGGCCGGCCAGCUGAAGAGAUCAGGGAGAAGAACCUGUAUAAGGAAACUUCACUUACGCACUAUAAGAUGGAGUUUGAUCCGGAGGUUCUGCUGCGCUGCUGGGAAGAGUGUAAGGAGAGGAGUGAGCUGGACCGCAGACGUCUGGACGUCGCCAGGUUUAACCAGCAGAACCGCUGGAAGAAGAGAGGAAUCGCUUUGAUCCCCCUUAAAUACGGCGUCGGCUUCGCUGAGGGAUUCCUCAACCAGGCGGCUGCACUGGUGCAUAUCUACAAAGACGGAUCAGUGCUAGUGAGUCAUGGAGGGACUGAGAUGGGUCAAGGCAUCCACACCAAGGUCCAGCAGGUGGCCAGCAGAGAGCUGGACGUUCCUCUGUCUAUGAUCCACAUUUCUGAGACCAGCACGAGCUCCGUACCCAACACCUGUCCCUCCGCUGCAUCCAUCGGCACCGAUGUCAAUGGCAUGGCUGUCAAGGACGCCUGUCAAACUCUGUAUAAAAGCCUGGAGCCAAUCAGGAAGCAGGACCCCAACGGCACGUGGCAAAGCUGGGUUGCUAAAGCCUUCUUGGAGAGGAUCAGUCUGUCAGCUACUGGAUUCUACAGAGGUCACGACCUGUACAUGGACUGGGUGAAGCAGGAGGGAAGGCCGUACGCUUAUUUCACCUACUCUGCCUGCUGCAGUGAGGUGGAGCUGGACUGUCUGACCGGAGAAUACAGGACUGUAAGAACAGACCUCGUCGCCGAUAUCGGCCGGAGCAUCAACCCAGCCAUCGACAUCGGACAGAUUGAAGGUGCGUUCAUGCAGGGUCUGGGGCUCUACACUAUGGAGGAGCUGAAGUUCUCCCCGUCUGGUGUUUUGUACACCCGCGGUCCGGGUCAGUAUAAGAUCCCUGCGGUCUGCGACGUCCCACUACAGUUUAACGUGUACCUGCUGUCUGGAUCCCACAACCCGCACGCCAUCUACUCCUCAAAGGGUGUUGGUGAGCCCACUGUCUUUCUGGGCUGCUCUGUGUUCUUCGCACUAAAGGAGGCGGUGGCAGCGGCUCGGAGCGACGCGGGACUGAGCGGCCCGUUCACUUUACACAGCCCAGCUACACCAGAACGGGCCUGCAUCGCAUGCGGCACACGCUUUACACAGAUGAUUCCAGAAACAGAAACGGCUCAGCCGUGGGCUCUGGAGCUGCCAUGAUCCGCCCACUCUGUUAUACAACCACUUUAAAGUAGCAUAUUUCAGCCUUCGUAGUUCUGAAUGAAUGACAUCAGCAUCAAAAUGACGUUUAAAUCACCCAAAUCAUGAAAAACUGAUUUACUGUGUUAAGUUUCAAAAUGUACUGUAGUCCAUAAAGUCCAUAUAUGGAAACUCCGCUGCAAAAACGGCCAACACAUUCACAUAUAUCCCAUUCAGCCUGCAGUUUGAGUGUAGCCCCGCCCACUCACUUAAACCGAAGUUAUAAGCAGUAUUUCAGCUCAGAAUGCUUCUUGAAUGACGCAAGACCAAUCAAAAGAGAGCUCAUAAAUCUUAAAGGGGCAGUAUCAAAAACAGCCUGCUUAUUUGUAGAGGUUGAAAACGGUCAUGUAGAAAUUAAUUACAGAUGUUUUACUACAGAAACACACACAAAACAUCAUAAAUCAAGAGGAUAUGGGCCCUUCAACGUGUUACAUGAUUACAGAUGAAGAAUUUAUUCUUUAAAAUGAUUGUAAAUCCUUCCAACAUACAAUGUAUACAUGUUAAAAUUAACUCUAAAUUCCCAUCAGUUACAUUAAUUAAACCCUUAAUAGUAAUUAACACACAAUGCAUUUAGACUUUAUGUUUAGCCUAAAACUAACGUACUAACGUUUCAACCCAAAAUGAACUCAAAAUAACUAAUAAAAAUACUAAAAAUCCUGAGAAGCUCAGCCUUCUCUACUAAACCAGCACACUUGAUUCGUUGAUUUCAGUAUUAUUCUUGAAUAUGUUUAAAAUUUUCAACACAAUUAAUGUUCUACUUUGGCCUUCACAGUGUAAUAUUUCUUUAACUGAAAUGACUAAAUAUUAAUUUAGCCACAAUCUGUCCAUCAUUCAAGAUCUGACACGUGACUUGGUGGCUGGUUACUAGUCAGAUAUGUUGCACAAUAAAACUCACUCUUUAAGCACUUCAUUCAGACGUGUUAGUUUUAUUAAGUACAUUGUUAUGAAGGUAACUGAACAUCUACCUCAGUGCCACAGUAAUAGAUGUGUUGUGUUAUCAUAUUAAAAUAUUGCAGUAUGA